UGAAUGGAAAAGGGUUUGAUGCUAUCUGCACCAAUAAGAUGCAUGUUUUAUGGUCACUAGUCUGAAACUUAAGGCUUGGAGUUAUAUAUAGAUGAAUGUGUGGUUUGCAUAAUUUAGUGUGUGUUAUGAUGCAGGCUACUAGGAGUAGGGCAAUAAUCCUAUCUACCAGCAUAAACAUAAGGCCAUGUCCUUCUCACUCACUCUCUCCCGAAUGCAAAAGCCUCUCUUCAUCCUCUCCUUUUUAAAGUCACGAGACCUUGUGUUCCCUUGAUGUUCUUUCAAUUUUAGAGAGAGAGAGAGAGAGAGAUGUCUCCACAGGAGCUGGCAGAAAGAAAAAUCUGAUAGAGAACUUUCAACCCUCCUUUCUUCAACAUCACUCAACUAUAGCCUCUACAUUGCAGUCCCAAACUGAAGUCUUAUAUUUUCCCAAGCUAUACUUCUCUCCCAUCUAAAAGAUUGAUCGCCAAAAAACAAAAUUUAUUUUUAUACAUUUCUCUUUUUUCAACUGUCUUUCUCUGUCGGUUCCAUGAGACCAGAGGGAAAUCCAUUAGACCUCAACAACUUACCUGAGGAUUAUGCAAGAGAUGCCAAACUUACCUCUGAGGACAGCUCUUCUUCUGCUGUCUACAGGAAAAAGAAAAGCGGCGCUAAGGAGGGAAAAGAUGAGCCCUCUAAGGUCUACGAGUGCAGGUUUUGUUCCCUCAAGUUCUGCAAAUCUCAGGCUCUCGGCGGCCACAUGAACCGCCACCGCCAAGAGAGGGAGACUGAGACGCUCAACAAGGCGCGCCAACUGGUUUUCACCAAUGAUUUAGCUCCCACGGGACACCUAGGUUAUGUUUCAACCGGGCAUGGCGGGACGUAUCAUCAAGGAGGCAGCAUGAGCGGGGAGGCGGCGCUGCCCUUCAGACCGGUGUACCCUACCAGAUUGUUUCCCGCGCCUCCGCCGCCGCCACCGCCGCCAGCGCAGGGCCCCUACAUGUAUGCAUCGCCCCCGCGCAUGCUGUCGUUCCACUCGCAGGGGGCGGGGGCGGGGGCGGGGGGCGAUUACUUCGUGGGGCACGUGCUGUCGAACCCGGGGUUCGGAGGGGAAGGGGGGAACAACAACUACACGUGCAUCGGGGCGCCGGUGGGGCAGGGGUUCGGCGGAGGAGGAGGCGGAGGCGGAGGCGGAGGCGGUGGUGGUGGUAGAGACGUGUCUCUGCAGAAUCAAGAGGAAGGACUGGGGUGGGGCCGGAGGUAGACAGGGACAAGAUUGGAAAAUGUUUGGAUCGUAUAUGUUGAUCAAUCCGCAUCAAUAUGGAUUCUUUUAUUUUGUUUUUGUGUGUUUCUCUUUUCUUUUUUUUCUAAAUAUUUUGGUGUUAUUUUGUUGGAGAGAGUGAGAGUGGAGUGAUGAUGCUGGCGCUCUCUCUCUCUCACUCAAACAGAAAGAAUCCAAAACAAGCUGACAAAUCUUCAAGGCUGAUAAAUUUUGGGUUUAUGUUUCUGGAGGUGUUUUGAGCUCUCACAUUCACAUGAAUCAC